UUAGAGACAGGGCAACAGUUAGCAAGAUCCUCAGCAUCAGGAGAUGGAUUCAUGAGUACUAGCCUAAUGACUGCUCUUUUGGGUGAAGCUGCCACCUUGCCUUCUGUGAAGAGUUAAGGGUUAAAUCAGAGGGAAAAGUUGAAGAAGCUGUGAAGGCCUUUGAAAUAUUAGUGAGCAAAUAUCCACAGAGUCCACGAGCAAGAUAUGGGAAAGCACAGUGUGAGGAUGACUUAGCUGAGAAGAUGAGAAGCAAUGAAAUACUGCAAAAAGCCAUCAAUACUUUUCAGGAGGUGGCUAGCCUGCCAGACGUCCCUGCUGAUUUGGUAAAAUUGAGCCUGAAACGACAAGCAGACAGGCAGCAAUUUCUUGGUCACAUGAGAGGUUCUCUGGUUACUCUGCAGAAACUAGUUCAUCUGUUUCCCAAUGAUAUCUCAUUGAAGAAUGACCUUGGAGUGGGUUACCUCUUAAUAGGAGAUAACAGUAAUGCCAAGAAAGUUUAUGAGGAGGUCCUGAGUCAGGCUCCAAAUGAUGGCUUUGCUAAAGUACAUUAUGGCUUCAUUCUCAAGGCAGAAAACAAGAUAGCAGAGAGCAUUCCAUAUUUGAAGGAAGGCCUAGAGUCUGGUGACCCUGGCACUGAUGAUGGACGCUUUUAUUUUCAUUUAGGUGAUGCCCUGCAGAGAAUUGGAAACAAAGAGGCAUACAAGUGGUAUGAGCUUGGGCACCAAAGAGGUCACUUUGCAUCAGUUUGGCAGCGCUCUCUCUACAAUGUUAAUGGACUAAAAGCUCAGCCUUGGUGGACAGCAAAGGAAACUGGUUAUACUGAAUUGGUGAAGUCCCUAGAAAAAAACUGGAAGCUUAUUCGUGAUGAAGGGCUUGCUAUGAUGGAUAAAGGAAAAGGCCUCUUCUUACCUGAAGAUGAGAACCUGCGAGAAAAGGGAGAUUGGAGCCAGUUCACAUUAUGGCAGCAAGGAAGAAAAAAUGAAAAUGCCUGUAAAGGCGUCCAUAAAACAUGUGCUUUAUUGGAAAGAUUCCCUGAGGCUACAGGGUGCCGAAGAGGACAGAUCAAGUAUUCCGUCAUGCACCCAGGGACUCAUGUCUGGCCUCACACAGGGCCUACUAACUGUAGGCUGAGGAUGCAUUUGGGCUUGGUUAUACCAAAAGAAGGCUGCAGAAUUCGAUGUGCCGAGGAGAACAGAACCUGGGAAGAAGGGAAGGUUCUUAUCUUUGAUGACUCUUUCGAGCAUGAAGUGUGGCAGGAUGCUGACAGUUAUCGGCUGAUAUUCAUUGUGGAUGUGUGGCACCCUGAGUUAACACCCCAACAGAGACGCACCCUUCCUGCCAUUUAAGAGGUCAUUUCUGAUGUAAGAAACAGAUGAAGUUUAAUCUGUUGGAGUCUGCAGAUAUAAAUACGCCACAUUAAUUUGGCUGGCCGUGUGGAAAAUGUCAGCCUUCUAGGGGCUAGAAGAUGUGAAAAAAUUGUUCCACAAUUACUAUGGACUUACCUACAAAUGUUCCAUUCUCUUUCAUACUGAAAUGGCACUGAUCUGAUAGAUUUGCUUGUAGGCUGCAAGGAAAAUAAUACUCUUGUCAGCCAAAGAGCUAUAAGGCCAAAUUUUCAAAAUGAGGAAUGUGCAAAUGUUUGUGACAUGUCUGUAUUAUGUGUACCAGUACCACAGACCUACAUAUGCACAGAGCCAGUUAUUCACCUUAUUGGCCAGGUUAAUGCACAAAUAUCUGAUUUGUACGUGCACUGCUACCUGGUAAUGACAUGUAUACAUUAGAUGUGUAUAAACAUUAGCACACAACUAGUUUUGAAAUUCUGUCAUGCAAUUUCUAAUCAUAAAUAUUUUAGGUAUGAAACAAUAUGCAAAUAGUAUCAACUGUACAUAAUGUGAAUGAAUGGUUUUAUUUUGUAUUUUUCUACAUGGGUAAUUGUAUUUUUCUAUCAUAGCUAUACAUUGAUAGUUUCCUUUUGUGAACCACUAAUUUUUUUAAAAAUAUGUAUAAUGAGUGCACCUCCUGCUUUUAGCAGAGGGAGAAGCUUUACAUGAACAGAACUUACUUUUGCUAAGUGUGGUCUUUUCUUGCCAUCUGGAAAUGCAAACAGUAACUUGUAUUAUUUAACUGCCAGUUAAUAGAGUUUAAAAACUGAUAUCCAAUCAGUUUUGUUUUCCUAGAAUGAAAGAAUCCUUUAAGUCUCCUUUAGCUAUAAGGAUCUCUUCAAUUUUAGGACUUCAUCCUGGGAAGUACUGGGACAUCCAUUGACUUAAGUGGGAGUUGCAGGUGCUCAAUAACUUUAGGAUUUUGUAGUUAAUUGCUUUGUUCCCUGUCAUUUCAAGGCCCCUUGUGUCAUGCCAUCUUCUGUCCAAGAAGAGUUGGACACAGCUCCUUCUAGGGGCUGCUUCUAGAUUGACCUAAGUGGUCAUUCCUCAGAAUAAGAACCUAAAUAGAAGAGAAACAGAAUUCUCUGAGCUGGGAGCAGAGGACCAAAUUCUGAUUUGGAAUUCUGAUCCUUGCCUGGAAGCACUGACUUCCUGCUAGAAUGCGGAGCCAGAUAAGAACAGCUUUGAAUCUAGUUAUCAAUGUAUUAACUUCCAUGUCAGAAAUUAGAGUGCUUAGAUUUUGUUAGUUAUACCUCCAGAGAACGGGCCUCUUCCUAUCUUAGGCUUGGGAAAAAUUCAUAUUGCAGUAAACUGUCAAAUGUAUUGUGUUACUAAGGUGCCUUAUAUCGUGGUAUCUAAGCACCAUGCGCACAUACUCCAUAUGCCAUAAUCAGACUGUCUGAGAUUGUUUACUUCAUUAAAGUGGCAAUGUUGAAAAAACAGCCUUAACUUUGUAUUCCUAUAAACUAAGAGCCACUCAGAUUCUGGAUUUAUUAAAUAGUUAGAUCAUAUAGUGCCAUAUAACAUAUUGCAUGAUGGUUUGUGCCGUGAGAUGCUGUAACUAUUUUUUGGAGUUGUGCAAUUUUAUUUCCUUUUGGAUAAGCAAAAGAUCAUGCACUGAACAAGACUUCAGUCUCAGCCAGUCAUGAUCCAGAAAAGCUUGGAUGUGCUUUCUAAACCAGAGACAACUAUAUGCCCACCACAAUAAGAAAUUCACAACUCUCAGGUUAAUUAUCAGGAGAUCCUAAAAUAAUUAUAUUCAUUUCACAAUUUAAGACAUGUAAAAAUGCUUAUUGGGAGGAUUUGGUAGAACCGAUGUAUGAAAACUAUUUAUAAAUGAGGUGCUCAGUAUAACUGGGCUCACUGGGAGGCAGCCUCUCCAGCCAAUUGUUUAGUUGCAUGGCAUAUUUUGUAAUACUGUAAAAUGAUUAAAAAAGAUAAAUGAUAAAAUAAUUUUUAAAGAAUGAA